CAGCUUUACCACCAUGUUUUCAGUUCGAUCUUUAGCAUCAGUGAAUCAACGUCGAUAAAUGGCUAACUAACUUGGCGCGCUUUUAUAAAACGUCUUAACAAAAAACAAACAUUGACAGCGUCGUGUGUAGCAGUUCUACAAAUCAAGAAGUUGAUUGUGUGCAAGGUCGAACAUAAAAUUCUAAAUAAAGCGUCAAAAAUAAAAGAAAAAGAAACACAACAAACAAAUAUUUGUUCAUAACCAUAACCUACGGUAGUAACAAGAAGUUUGGCCCAACAAAACAAGAAGUCAAAGUCAAAAUUAACUAUUUGUGGUGUAAUUAAAAUAAUUAACAUAACAAAAAAAAAGAGUCAAUUUUUAGUGUUUACAGCCGAUUCACUUAGAAGACCAGACAAGUUAAACAAACGAGCAUAAUUUGAAUACAAUAAUAACAACAAAACACAAAAAGCAACAAACGAAAAAAAAAGAAGUUACGUGACUAAUGUCCAGCUCGAUCGUUUAAGUGUUAAAAUGAAAGUUAUUGUUUUAUUCGCUCUUCUAUUGGCCCCCGUUAAGGGUCAACAAUUUAACUAUGCCGGCAAUGCCAAUGCUGUCUCCAACAACCGUCGCUGUGAAAAUCCCAAUGGACGCAUUGGCACCUGUGUUGCCAUCCACAAUUGCCAGGUACUUAUGAACAGUGAUCGAGAAUUCGUAGAGGCUUCAGCAUGUGGUGGCGGUUUUGGAAAAACCCCUUAUGUCUGCUGCUCCAGCGAUACAGGCUUUGAAUUGUCACCGAAGACGGCAGUUGUGGAGAGUAUUUUUCCAAAUGAUUAUUAUGGUUAUAAUCCCACAACGGAAAAUCUAAGACUGCUUCCAGUGACGGUGGCAACGGACUCAUUAUUGCCUGAACCACCAACCUGUGGCGGAGAGUUUAUUGAUAAUCGUAUCUAUGGUGGGAAUGAUGCUAAUGCCUAUGAAUUUCCAUGGAUGGCAUUUUUGGAGUAUUCAAAUACAGAUCCCUUCAAAGAAUCUGUGUGCGCUGGCUCAUUGAUAACAUCACGUUAUGUGAUCACAGCUGCCCAUUGUGUCACAGGACCAAUAUUGCUUCAAAAAGGAGAAUUAAUCGGCGUUCGUUUGGGAGUACUAGACUAUACUAAGAACUCCAUCUUUGGUGAAGACAAUCGCAGCUGGCGUAUCGAGAAGAAAAUCAUUCACGAAAACUAUCGCCAACAAAAGACUCCGGUACAUGAUGUUGCCCUCCUACGUUUGAGUAGCAAUGUGCGUUACUCACAAACCAUACGGCCGAUAUGCUUGCCCUCCGUUAUGCCAGCAUAUAGUCUGAAGACUGAUACCAAACUAACAGUGGCUGGUUGGGGUGCCACCGAAACUAAAAGCAGCAGUCCCAUAAAACAGAAGGUUGCAGUAUCUUUGGCAGAUCAGAAGUUCUGCCGUCAACAAUAUGGGAAAUUUGGUCUGAGUAUCGAACCAACACAUCUUUGUGCCGGUGGUUCAGUAGCAUUCCAAGAUAGCUGUCGUGGUGAUUCGGGAGCACCAUUGAUGCAUUAUCGUAAUGGUGCUUGGGUCCUAGAGGGUAUUGUCUCCUUUGGACGUCGGUGUGGCCUGCAAGACUGGCCUGGAGUAUAUGUUCGUGUGGCCCUCUACACCGAUUGGAUUAAAAAGAAACUAAGAAAGUAAACUCAUGUGAUUUUUUCUCCUUAACAUUAGGUUUUAAUGGUUGUGUGUUAUUUUGAAUGAAACUCAGCUCAAGAUAAUUUUGUGGGUUAUAAGGAAACCGUUAAAUUAAUAUCUCACCCUAGACUCAGAAUAUUACACAACUAAUAUUGAACUGAUAUUUAGAGUAUUUAGAUUAGUUGUAGGUUAGUUUAAAUUGUUGCAUUAGCAUACACAUGUCAUACUCUAGUAGAUGUCCAUUCAUUUAGAUGUAAGCAAGAUAUUAUUUUAAUUAUAUACAUUUUUUUUAAAUAAAAUAUAUUUUUGUAAA